AUGAAAUCCACAAACAAUGCCCUUAUUACCCAAAUAAAAAGUCCCUUGUUUGGAUUAUAUCGCCUUACAAAAUUGUUACUAAUUUUUCCAAUGAUUCAAUUUUGGUUUUUAUGGAGAGGGAUUGAAGGAUUUAAUUUUGGAGAUUUUUCCUCUCCACAUCAACGCCUACUCAGCGAAUUAUUCCACAAUUACGAUAAAAGACUCCAACCAAUUGGAGAAAAUAAAUACUCAAAAACUGUGCAUAUUAACGUAACAAUAGUUUUGGGUAUUUUAAUUGAAAUGAGAGAAAAUGAACAGGUUGCUGCUUAUGUUAUUUCUCAUAUUCAAGUAAAUUGUUUAAUUUAA